AUGCGGAGAGAGAAUGCAGGGGAGAGAGCAGUAAUGAGAGAGCGACGGAAGAGGAGAGAGAGAAGGACAGGGAAGAAAGAAGGACAGGAGAGAGAGAAGGACAGGGAAGAGAGAAGGACAGGGAAAAGAGAGGACAUGGAAGAGAAAGAGAAGGGACAGGGGAGAGAGAAGGGAAGGGGGAGAGAGAGAAGGACAGGGAGAGAGAGAAGGACAGGGGAAGAGAGAAGGACAGAGGAGAGAGAGAAAGACAGGGAAGAGAGAGAAGGACAGGGAAGAGAGAGAGAAGGACAGGGGAGAGAGAGAAGGACAGGGGAGAGAGAGAAGGACAGGGAAGAGAGAAGGGACAGGAGAAGAGAGAGAAGGACAGGGGAGAGAGAGAAGGACAGAGGAGAGAGAGAAGGACAGGGAGAGAGAAGGACAGGGGAGAGAGAGAAGGACAGGGAAGAGAGAGAAGGACAGGAGAGAGAGAAGGACAGGGGAGAGAGAGAGAAGGACAGGGAAGAGAGAAGGACAGGGAAAAGAGAGGACAUGGAAGAGAAAGAGAAGGACAGGGGAGAGAGAAGGGCAGGGGAGAGAGAGAAGGACAGGGGAAAGAGAGAAGGACAGGGAAGAGAGAGAAGGACAAGGGAGAGAUAG